GAAUAGGCAGGGUGUGCUCGCAGACCGUGGUGUAGCUGCAGUUUCUAUUUGGGGUGCCCACGGAAAGGAACACCAGGAAAGAAAGCCAGUGCCAUGGGCCAGCUUUGCUGCUUUCCUUUCUCAAGAGACGAGGGAAAAAUCUGUGAAAAGGACGGAGGGGAGCCAGAUGAUGCUGAACUGGUAAGGCUCAGUAAGAGGCUGGUGGAGAACGCGGUGCUCAAGGCUGUGCAGCAGUAUCUGGAAGAGACACAGAACAAAAAGCAGCCCGGGGAGGGGAGCUCUGUGAAAACUGAAGAGGCUGAGCGGAAUGGCAAUGACAGUGAUAACAACAGGAAAUGAGACCUCAGCAGGUUCCUGCUGCUCUGUGAAAAGCAUCCCUGCUCCCCUCUGCCAAGUCUCGGGACUGACUUGCAAUGUGCUUUUUAAGCAUCUCUUAUCCAAUCCAUGGAGGUUGCCCAACGCUUUCAUGAUAGAUGCCUUUGCAUUUCUGAAACAACAGAAGAGAAAUGGAGUGCUGGGACUAGCAGAGGAAAUUAAUUUCUGGAAGAAAAAUGACCCAAGUUUCACUUGCCCUCAGCCAGGCACAAGGGAGGGGGGGACUUUGGAUGGUGCCUCCUGGACUUAGAGGCCAUGGGAGAGGUCUUGCCAUAGAUGGAAUACUGCCAUUUAUAUUGCAUAGGGCAUUUGACUUCUUUAUCUGAGGCCAAAACUCACACACGGCUAUCAAGUGCUAAGUUUAAAUUCAUCACUGUUGAGAUUAUCAUCUGUGCCAUUUAAUCCAUAGUGUUUUAUGUUGUCCUCAGAGUGCUGUCACUAGGCAGUGAUCUUUCUUUACAGUAAAUUAUGUUUCAUGUAAAUGAUAUAUUUUCAGCAAAAUGCAACCUUUUCUAUAAAAUGUGGGCAUCAUUUUAAAGGGUUUUUAACCUUAUUUUGAUAAGUCAAUAUGCCAUAUUUAAUGUAUUUCACUGACAUUUGUACUUUAAAUGUAUUAUAUAAUUUUUUUCCCUUAGGCAAGAA